AUGUAUCAUCUGCAGAACAAACAUAAAGAGAGGAGCAUGUCGAUCGAUGACCGCGAAAACCAUGCAGCGACGCAUCACAACACGACCGAGGCCAACCUCGACCACGAGUCCAUGAGAAUUGCCAGGGAAAUCGCUCAAAGACGGGUCAGCAAUCAGAUGCAAAUGAACGAGGAGGGCCACCCGAACCUGAAGUUUGACGUGGAUCCACUCGAGCCAGACUACUCUCUUCUGCCGUCACAGAGAGCACUAUGUGCGAAGCAACAGCGUGAAGGCAAAGGCGGGACGCCGUCUGAGAUUACAGCUGCAUCCCGAACAGAGCGUAAAAGCUCCAUUGUCGAGAAGGUCCAGAGGUUUGGGUGA